GUGGAAAUAAUGUCCUUUGUGUACAACGAGAUUACUGGUAUGGUGGGUUUGGUUAUCACCAGGUGCUAAAAUUUUAGUAAUUUAGUAACUGUCUGAUUAUGACGCAAACUCAGAUAUGUUACAGACCCAGAAUAUGACGUAACUUUAUGUUCAUAUCUUAAGCAGAUAUGAUGAUCUGAUGAUGACGCAAACUUUAAAAUGUUGUAUACUGAGAAUGUGACGUAACUGCUGUCAAGAAAAAAUUGUAUAUAUCUGAAAUAAUUCGUAACUAUUGCAAGAAUAAAGCGCUUUCCGAAUAUUCUUUCAUGUUGACAUUUCGAUUGGUGUACAUUUCAUCCUAGAGAAUGAAACGGCAUAUUCACCCGAAAUGCCGGUUAAAUGACUUCAAGUCAUUCGGGUUACUUCUAUGCGCUUCGGUUAAAUUCGAAAAACCACAUUUCUCACGCUUACAUAAAUUUCCGAAACGUAAUAAAUGUCCUGAGGUACAUUUAGUUGUGUGAGGCCAAUUUUAAUUGCUAGCUCAUUCACAUGGUUCGGACACCGCCCUAUGACGUACACAUUUUCCAGUACCGAAUAUGAAUAAAUACCUUCCAGGCCUUCUGCUCAUGCGCGGUGCAUAUCCACAGGCACACAGAGAGGUGGACGGGUUCCAGAAACGCCCCUUUCUUUUAUUCAGGGCUUCCGGAAACAUGUAAAUCCGUCAAUAUUUCGGGAUCGAUCUUCUUUUUUACCAUAUACAGUGCUUCCUCAUGUAUGCUACGUACAUGACAAAGUGAAAAAGAAAUUGUCUUAGAACUCAGUAAUUAUGCGCGCUCCUUCCUGUCUGAAACAUUUAUUCACACUUCUGUUUUUGACGUCAAAAGUUUCAGAGAUGCGGUUACGUAAGAAGCGAAUAUGAUUCUCCCAGCGAAUGUAAGACACUCCUUUGAAGGGAGAAGAGGAGACAAGUUGUGUGACUCCACUGCCCGCCUACAGAAAUAUCGCAUUCACAGAGAGACGGAGAGCACUAAGGUGUUGCUGAAGAUUUUGCAGAGAAAUGGUCACACCGAAGACAAAAGAGAUUGAGACUUCUGAAACAAGAGAAAACUUGAAUAAAGAAGACAAAAUUUCUGUGAACAAAGUACAGGUUAUGACAUUGGGUUUCAUGCUUUAUGUAGCUGGCCUCCUUCCGCCCAACAGUGCAGCGCCGUUCAUAAGAUUUUUUAACAGAAUGUUCCUAAUAUGCAUUUUUGCACUGUAUACUUAUGCUUUGUUGGGGCAACUGAUAGCAGUUUAUGUCCACUGGGGAAACAUUCCUGUGAUUUCCACAGUAAUGAGUUACAUGAGUGGCCUUCUUGUAUCAGUCCUUGUCUCCGUAUAUUUCCUACACAACAAAGAUAAAUUCAUGACUCUUAUAGAUUUGUUGAGAAAUGAAUUUGUGGAAAAUAUGAACUCAAAGUAUAUCAAAUUUAUUCACAUCGCUGAACGUCAAGUUGCAUUAUGUUGUAUCUUCGCAACCCCUGUAGCUGUAACUUUAGCUACUAUUUCUAUCGCAACGCCAUUUCUAAGUAACAACACCAUUUCGAAUUUCGAUAACAACACUCUUACUACAGAAAGGAAUAAUUUGGAUAGACUGAUGUUCGUGAUAUGGCUUCCUUUUGCAAUUGAAGAUUCCCCUCAGUUUGAGAUAAUCAUGGUUUUGCAAGUGUUUGUUAUAUGUUUUUCUCUAUUAAUGCUGACUGCUGUUGAUGUAAUAUUUUUGUUACUGAUGAGCCAUGCAGCUGCUCAAUUCAAGGUUUUAUGUGCAAUGCUGAAUGACAUGCACGAGAAUAUCUCUCAAGUUGAGUGGAACAGAUCAAAGCACAAGUCUCCUCUGCAAAAUAUUGCAAACUUCAAUCUUAUGAGUGACCCCGUGACUUCAGCAGAUAAUAUCUCGUGUCACGAAUCAGGGAGUGGAAAUUGUGGAAGCCCCAGCUCCGAGACCCGCCAAGAAAAAUGUCACGUGAACAGAGAUGCAUUCCGACUGUACCUUGUUAAAUGCAUCAAAUAUCACCAAGCUGUAAUUGAGUUCGUCGGUGAUCUCAACGAGAUCCUGAGUUUUAGUAUGUUCCUGAGGAUAGCAAACUUCCCACUCAUCUUGUGUAUGACAGGAUUUGGAAUGACACAGAAUCUUGCCAACCAUGAACAACUCUUGAAGUUCGCCUCUUUCUUCGUUGCAUCUCUGUACUUAAUAGGGAGUUAUUGCUGGUUUGGCCAACAAGUAAUUGACGAGAGUGAGAAGGUACAGCUGGCGUUCUAUAGCACUGACUGGUACAGCCAGACACCGGGAGACAAAAGUCUGCUGCCUCUGGCGAUCAUGAGGGCCUCAAGACCGGUGACCUUGAAUGCUGGAGUUUUCUUUGACUUGUCUUUCGUAACUCUGGCUUCGUUGGUGAACACUUCUUAUAGAUUUUUCACGAUGCUCAUUCAGCUGAAUGAUUCCUAAAGAAGAUGCUCUGAGUAUAAAGAAGAAGCUGACCGUAGCAAUUGCAGUAUGACCGUAUGAGCAGCAACACAACUUGAAGAAGUGGGAUUAUAUAUUUUAUUUCCUACGUCAAUACAGAAAUAUGUGGAGUGGAUUUUCAAAAGAAUUUUUUGUUGUUCAUGUUAGAUGUAUUAGACGUCUGUAGGUACUACUAUGCACACCAGUCACUUUUGUCAACUUCAGGACACGUUCUCUGUUGAGCAGCAUUCCCUCAUCAAAUGACCUUUCUUUGGACACUCAAAAAUAUACACUUAAAGUACUUUUAUUGAUAUUUGACCACAACAACUGCCAUACGUUAAAGUGAAUAGAAAACCAAGUACGUGUAUAUCACGCUUUCAUAUAGUGUAGUCUUCAGAUUCUGCAAUUGAUGCUUUUAGAUAUUUCUGAAAUUUGUUCACUUAUGUCCGGUGUUCUAUUUGGAAUAGAAAUUUUCUAAUUGAAAUACAAUUCUAAUACAAAUGUAAUAAUGUAUUUAUAUAUUUGAUAUUUUAAUAAAAUAGGAUUUACUUUCUGUUCUCAAGAUGCACGAAUAUAAAAGAAUAAAUAGGAAGGGGAUAUGAGAUUAAGAGAACAAGAAAUGCGAGUUAGAAAGAGAAUAAGGAUAUGAAAUAAGGAGAAAAGAAAAAGAAGAAGAUAAAAUAGAGGAUGAGUAAGGUAAAAUGGGACAGACGUGGUGAAAAUUUCAACGAUUUUGUUGUAGAUGUUUGUAAUAUUCCAUACUGUGUCCUGAAAUUCUCUUUGUAAGCACGUAAAAUUUAGUAGAUAAAAAAGUACUUUAAGAGCCACGGAAUGAAUAUAAGCCGUUAGCAGAAGUGUAUUAAUUACACUCCGUGUUAGUGUUCCUUUACGCCAUAGCUGUAAUGUUGUACACUGAACAGGAUGACUUGGUUGUCAAUGUCUGUAAUCUAAGUGUGUGUAUGGCACGAGGCCUGCUCUCUGAUUGGAGAGCACUUGCAAUAAAUCACAGUUCAAUUUA